UGAAGGCAGAAAACUCAUUUGCAAACUGAACAACGCAGUGAUAGAAAAUAUAGUCAUGUAAAUGUUAUAGUACAGCCGAACUCACCAUCUUUGAGUGCAUUUGUUUAAAUUUCCACAACUCUCCCUCCCGUAUACUUAUUUUGGUACAAAGCUUUUCCAGCAUCGUUUGCUAAUUCGACCUGUGAUUAUGGCAGACUCCAAUGCAGACGAAGACACACUUGCGAGUUUAUUCCAGUCAGUUUGGGAUACCUACAUUUUCCUCGAGAGUCAAGAGGAAUCUACAGGAUCAGACAAAGUGCAGGUAGAGGUAAGAAAAGCCCUGGCAAAGGCUGAACAGGCCAUAAACAUGGUAAACCAGUUGCAGCUUUUCAGUGAUAAUGAAGAUAUUGAUGAAGUUGCAACAAAUGAAAUCAGGUAUAUGCUCCUCCCAGCAUUGUUUGCAUAUUUACAUGGGCUCAACACACAUGCUAGUCGUCUAGAAAGUGUAAAGAAGGCAAAGAGCCACUACAGAGAUUUCUUGAAAAUGUGCAAGUCAUACAAAGUAUCGGCAGUAUAUAUUCCUGUUGAUCCUGAAGAUGAAGAAGACAGCACGGAUAAAUCUCCUGAAGCUAGCAUUGUAAAAAGCAAAGAUCUCCAAGCUAUGGCUGUUCAGCGUCAUUCAAAAAUUGAGAGGUAUCGGCAACGAAAGGAGUUGGAAACUCGCCUGAAGGAUCUCUCUUUGCUAGUUGAGAAGGAAACCGUAGAUGAAGAAACCAAGAGAGAAUUUUAUCUUUCUCAAGUAAAGCGAUGGAUAAAUAUUGCUUUGGAUGAACUGGACAGUUUCACUCAGGAAAUACAAAUCCUUAAGCACAUGGCACAGAUGAAAGACCAGCAGGGGCACAGUCAUCACAGGGAACCACCUGGUGCUGGGACUCAACAAAAUCCAAAGCCUCUUCGUCCAUUUAUCUUGACAAAGGAUGUCCUUCAAAAGAAGGUAAUAGGUGCUGGCUAUCCAGCCUUGCCAACAAUGACAAUAGAUGAAUUUUAUGAAAAGAAGGUGGCUGAUGGAACUUUUGCAAAUCUUCAUUCAGGACAAGGAGGUCUAUCCCUGCAGGAUAUGGCUUUAAACCCAGAGAAAGCAGCUAAAGAACAAGAAGAAGAAGACGCUGAGGAAGAGAGAAAACGAGAAAAUGAUGACCCUGAGAUGCUGAGAAGAGCACGAGCAAUGGAUGAGUUCAAAGAUGAUCAUCGAAGAGGCUGGGGAAACCGCCAAAAUAUGGGAUAAAAGAGACUGUUUCUACAUACUGAGGCUUAAUGUGGAAUUCUUGUCCUAAAGACUUGUCCUAUAACUGUGUUAAGGUACCCAGGGCACUAAUGGAAUGUUAAUUCCAAAAAAUAUGGCUCUUUAACCCCUCUGAUCUUGAGGAGAAGCUCUUGACCUUUUAUCAUGACACAACCACAGAAAAAUCUGCAACAUGCAGCAGAGAACCCUCCUUCAAGACAACAGCUGCUUAUAGUACUUACUACUGGUUGAUUGGGUGUGUACUAAUGUAGAGAGUGUGAGGAAGGAAUGAGGCUCUUGAUAUUAAUUUUUUUUUUUAGGCAGAAAUAAAUAAGAAACAAGGGUUUGAAUAACAUUUUGUGAAUUGUUUGUGGUGGCUCAUCAUUAAGUUUGAGAAAUUUACCUCUGAUAAAUGAUCGAGUGUGUGGAAGAAGGCCUUUUUAUUGAUCAAGUUGCUGUGUACCUGACUUCAUUAAUUAUUGAUUUUAAGUAAAAACUUUAGUACACCAUAUAAUCCAAGUAAAUGUCUGUAACAUGCAGUAGUUACCUUGGGUCAUUCACCUGACAGCUUUUUAGCAGAGUAUUUAAGCAUGGCUUACACAUCUGCAGGACAAAUCCAAUUUUUGAGUACCAACAGCUGGGGAGAUUGUAAAAAGAGAGUCUUUUUCCCCAUGUCUCUUUCAACAGAGCUUUCUUAAGUAUAUUUCUAUGAAGAGGUAUUCAAAGUGCUAUUACAUAUACCUAGAGGUAGACAGAUUAAUGGGUGUGGUAAGAUACUUCUUUGUGGUCUCUCGGUUUUAAAAUUGCACUCUUUAUGUUCAGUGCUUUUUAUGAUGUACAUGUGUUCAUGGGAGGUCAUCCUGCUGAAUGACAGAAUAAAUACUUCUCCUUACCCUUUGAUAGAAA